UGCGUCACAUGCCCUUGUGCAAGAUGCAGGUUGUGUUUUGUGGUUGUUUGAAGCUGUGAGACAUUUCACACAUUGAGAACAAAAGUUAAAAGAUAUUGCCAAAGACAGAUCGCUGUUGGAGAAGAGCUGGAUGACAGAGUUUGUCUGUGCGCCCCAGUUGGAGAAGGAAGAGUUAAGAGGCUUCAUGGCAAAGUUUAGCCCCAAGGAACCCAGUGAUGUGCAUCGCAAGCAGGGCACUGCUGUUCCAGUCUCAAUUCAGUCUACUUUCAAUGACCGCCAGUCACCCAAAGCCAUGAACAAGGGAGGGCUUCCUCUCAGAAUGGACAGUAACAUCAAUGCCUUCAAACAGGAAGGCCAUAAACCAUUGUCAGGCCUAAAGCUAGGAGCUCAACCAGGAAUGAGAAGUCAAGACGCUUUGAAAUUUUUAUCUGAAGUCACAAAGUCUGCGCAGACCGAGAAGGAAGAAAGCAGCAAUUGCACUGCAGGAUCUAUUCCUCUUCUCAUGAGCAGCAGAGCCCAAUGGGGGCCUCCUGAUACAUCGUGGCAAUGCCAGGCCUCUACACUAGGGCCUAGCAGCAAGACUGAGGCCUUGCGGCAGAACCUAAUAUUCAAGUUACAGCCUCCUGGCUCAGGAGACUGGAAGGAUUGCCAAGUGCCUGGAGUCAGAUGUCCAUCGAGUCAGAGGAGAGAAAAUGCACACAAAGAGCUAGCCAUUCCCAAACAAAGAACUCUUCCAUCUGUGACUGGGCCAAUGCCAGAGAAACCAAAGCGUCCACCUAGAGUCAGCCUACAGAAGUACCAGAGAGUGACAGAAACUCAGCCAGUUACAUCCUCGGUGCUGCCACUAGCAGUAAAGUCACAGGCUCAUCAGUUGUUCAUACCAAUCUGGCCAGAAGAUAUUGAGAAGGUCCACCUACAGAUUGUGAAAAAUAACAGACAGCCCAUGUGUCAGCAAGAAGAGGAUGAAUACGAUGAUGUGGAGCCAGUGGGGUUAGUCAGGAAGAAGCUGAAGGGACUCAAUAUCUAUCCUCCAAUUCCACCUUUCAUACCAGGCAGCACAAUGGAAGAAGAAACGUAUGAUGACAUUACCGUGCUCCCAGAUGAGUUUCCUGACCCUCCACCAGAAUUCAGCACUAUCUAUGACGAUGUUGGAGUACAGGCAGGUACAGCAACAACUAACAGCCAGAGGACAGCCGAUUCGAUUGCUCAAAGUGUUAGGACUCAGAACUGCAUGGUGGAGUUGAAAUAUAUUCCCAAAAACCCACAUAUCCAGCAAUUCUAGGCCACCUGUACCUGGUUACAUCAGCAGCACCCUGAGCCAGCUAACACGACAUCAUGGACCAGCAAUUCCCAUCUAAGUUGGAAUCAGAAGUUUUGGACAAUUGUAUUUAAUUAAUCUCAGUACACUUGAAGCAAGAUCAAAAUAUCAACUAAUUGUUGCAUCAGAUUACAUGGUUGUGUUUAUUGGGAAUGGUGUUUAUAGCUGGGUGCCUCCCUUGCUGCCACUUUGACUAUAGUUUUCUCCAAAAGAUACACAAUACAUUGUUUAUAGUAAGUUUUGCCAUAUUUUUACUCAGACA